AUGGCAACACGUCGAAGCGAUUUUUCACGAGUGAUUGGAAAACCAAGCGACACUCAAGUCGUACAUCCAGGAAGUAAGUUGGCCGUCGCAGGUCACAGACCUGAAGGAAUGGUCACUACCCCACGCCCUUCGUGGAUCAACGAUGUUGUGUGUCGUUUGUGGGAAGACCGAGGAUCGUUGUUCGAUUUGUCCUCACAGUUGCGAGAAGAAUUGAGCUCAAUAAAGCCGACACCCGAUGAACUCAGGCUCUUAGCACAAGAAUUUUUCCAAGCAGCUACGAUGACCUCAUAUCCAGAUCUUCGGAUGCUAGAAUGUGUCAAGAUGCUCAGUCAUUCCGAGCUUAUCUCUUGGAUAGAUCUGCUCAGAACAAUCACAGGGUUCACACAGUUUCAAAGAUCUCGCUGUGUUGUUGCACUGUGUGAAGUAUUGGAGUCUGAGCUUCCACACCUGCAAUGUUCGUUCUCCCAUAUAAGCGAGUGCCUGGCACUGACUGAGGCAACCAUCGACGUAUUUGUGUGGAUUGUUGAAGCGAUACAAGCAUACCGUGAUCUGGACGAUUUCGAAGUGGUUGAUGUGGAGGGUGUAUUGUUUCAAACAUUCUCUGCCUUUCUGAAAUGA